AGGAGGAGGAGGAGGAGGAGGAGGAGGAGUGCCUGGAUGCUGUGCACCGGCCGCCGGCCUCCCUCCGCGGCUCCUCUCCGCCUCGGUGUCUAUAUAAGUUCAGCGGGAUGUGUCGCGGCUGAUGUCCGGGGAGAAGAUGCUUCUUCUCGGUGUGACGCUGCUGCUGCUCGCGGCCGCCGGAGCCGACCCGUCCGGGUCAGCCGCUUCGCUCCGGGGACCGCUUCACGCCUCCGCCCCGCCGCUGCGCCUCCUCCCGCAGCCCGUACCGGAGUACGGAGCUCCCGGCGUCGCCUCGGCCCGGUCGGCAGCGGAGGCGACGGUCGGUACCGGGAAGGAGGAGCGGGAGGCGGCGGAGCAGCAGCAUCACGGCGGCGGGUACCGGGUGGUCCAGUGGGAGUGGAGCUACGUGCAGACGCCCUACAUCAUCGCCAUCUGGCUGCUGGUGGCCAGCGUGGCCAAGAUCCUGUUCCACUUCUCGCAGCGCUUCACCACCGUGGUGCCGGAGAGCUGCAUGCUGAUCCUGCUGGGUCUGGUCCUGGGCGGCGUGGUCCUCCUGGCCAGCAAGAAGCAGCUGUACCAGCUGGACCCCUCCCUCUUCUUCCUCUUCCUGCUGCCGACCAUCGUGGGCGACGCCGGCUACUUCAUGCCGGCUCGACUCUUCUUCGACAACCUGGGAGCCAUCCUGACGUACGCCGUGGUGGGAACGCUGUGGAACGCCUUCUGCACCGGCUUCUGCCUCUACGCCGCCAAGCUGCUGGGCAUCAUAGACGAGCAGGUGAAGGCCGACCUCAUGGACUUCCUGCUCUUCGGCGCCCUGAUCUCGGCUGUGGAUCCGGUGGCGGUUCUGGCGGUGUUUGAGGAGGUCCACAUCAAUGAGAUGCUCUUCAUCAUCGUGUUCGGAGAGUCUCUGCUGAAUGACGCCGUCACCGUGGUUCUCUAUAAAGUCUACAUCUCCUUCGUGGAGGUGGGAGUGGAGAACGUCCAGACGGCUGAUUACUUCAAAGGCGUAGCCUCCUUCCUCAUCGUCAGCAUCGGGGGGACUCUGGUCGGCCUGGUCUUCGCCGUCAUCCUCGGCUUCAUCACUCGCUUCACCAAGAAGGUCCGCAUCAUCGAGCCGCUCUUCGUGUUCCUGAUGGUCUACCUGGCCUACCUGACCGCCGAGCUCUUCUCGCUGUCCGCCAUUCUGUCGAUGACCUUCUGUGGCAUCGGAGCCAAUAAAUACGUGGAGGCCAACAUCUCCCAGAAGUCUCGGACCACCGUCAAGUACACGAUGAAGACCCUGGCCAGCAUCGCCGAGACCAUCAUCUUCAUCUUCCUGGGGAUCUCGGCGGUGGACAAGUCCAAAUGGGCCUGGGACACGGGGCUGGUGUCCUGCACCCUGGUCUUCAUCUUUGUUUUCAGAGCAGCAGGUGUGGUCGGCCAGACCUGGGUUCUCAACCGCUUCCGGCUCGUCCCAUUGGACAAGAUCGACCAGGUGGUGAUGUCGUACGGCGGCCUGCGAGGGGCGGUGGCGUUCGCUCUGGUGGUGCUGCUGGACGGCGAGCGGGUCAAGGCCAAAGACUACUUUGUUGCCACGACGAUCGUGGUCGUCUUCUUCACCGUCAUGUUCCAGGGUCUGACCAUCAAGCCUUUGGUGAAGUGGCUGAAGGUUCCUCGCUCCACCAACAGUAAGCCCACCAUCAACGAGGAGAUCCAUGAGCGGGCCUUCGACCACAUCCUGACUGCAGUGGAGGACAUCGCAGGACUUCAAGGGUAUCACCACUGGAGAGACAAGUGGGAGCAGUUUGAUAAGAACUACCUGAGCAAGCUGCUGCUGAGGAAGUCCGUCUACAGGAAGAGCGAGCUGUGGGAGGCCUACCAGAAGAUCAACAUCAGAGACGCCAUCAGCGUCAUCGACCAGGGUGGGAACGUCCUGACUUCAGCCAGGCUGUCUCUGCCUUCGAUGGCCAGCAGAGCCUCGUUCCCUGAAGUCACCAACGUCACCAACUACCUGCGUGAGAACGGCAGCGGCGUGUGUCUGGACCUCCAGGUAAUCGACAAUGUCUCUGGAUCCAAGGUGGAGGAGGACAUGGAGACGCACCACGUCCUGGCAGGGAACUUGUACAAGCCCAGGAGACGGUACCAGUCCCACUACAGCCGACACUUCAUGCCGCUGGGCGAGAAGGAGCGGCAGGACCGCGAGGUCUUCCAGAGGAACAUGAGGAGCCGCAUGGAGACCUUCAAGUCCACCCGACACAAACGGCACAAGAAGGAACGGAGCCUGAAGAAGCGCCGAGGAUCCGACACUAAGGACGACGGAGGAGACAAACCCAGACGCAACGUCAGCUGGCAGGACAAAGAUCCGGUGGUGGUUCCUGUAGAACCCGAAGAGGACAAAGCUGAUCAUUCUGACCCGGAGAAGGAGGAAGACGUCGGCAUCACCUUCACUGCUCGGAAGGCCGAGACGCCCAAACAGCGACCCAAAUCAGUUCCAGCAGCUCUGGACGUCUGUCAGAGUCCGCCGCCCCACACCCCCUCGCCCCCCACUGAAGACAGCCAUUUGCCGUGGAAAGGCAGCGUGGGAUCUCCUCCGCCCUGUGUGUCUGUGGAGGCCACCAAGAUCAUCCCUGUGGACCUGCAGCAGGCCUGGAACCAGAGCAUCUCCUCCCUGGAGAGCGUCUCCUCCCCACCCGCCCCCGCCGAGCCCGUCCACCCGCGCGUCAGCGCCCUCUCCAGGCUGGGAGGGCCCCGCCCAGCCUCCUACACCUGCCCCCCCAGCACAGUGGGUCCCACGCUGCCCCAGGCCUCCUUCUGCUUCCCGGAGAGGAAGAAGAAGCCGCUGGAGGAGGAAGAGGAGGAGGAGGAGCCUGGGGCGUCACAGGAAAUGCAGCCGCUCAUGUCGUCCCUGAAGCCCCCCGGGUCACUGCCCCCCCCACCCCCACCGCCUCCCCCGCCCGGUUCUGGGAGGAGGAGGAACCCCUGCGUGUUCCUGAGGAGUCUGGUGACAGCGCCCCCCGGUGGCAGCAGUGAGGCGCACAGUCACCGGCCCACACAGCUCUGAAUGCUGAUCUGGAGGCGGGGGGGGGGGGGGGGGGGGGGGGGGGGGGCUCUCUGCCGGCUCCACCAAUAGCAAACCAGCAGGACCUCCCCCAUCAAGACUCGUCCAAUCACUGCUGCUCUUUAGCACAACAUCACCAGCUAGAAGAUGAUUGAAUGUUCCACAGAUGAUGUCUCCUCACUGCUGUCAUCAUCAUCAUCAUCAUCAUCAUCAUCAUCAUCAUCAUCA